AUGUCUAUGUUCUCGACUCUUCCACCGGAGUUACACUCUGACAUAUUGUCCCGACUGGGUCAGAGAGACCUUCUAAAGUGUGCUACGGUGUGUAGAGCAUGGACGGAGGACUCACGGCGGUACCUCUGCGCCUACCCCGUCAUCAACGGCGCCCGCAGUGCGCAGGGGUUCAAGGCAUACCUACAGCAGUCUCCACGGUGGAUCCCCUGCGUCAAGGGGCUAUGGCUUCGCGCACUCAACAACAACAGGAACCAAGGAAACCCGGACCCCUGGAUGAGCGCUGCGCUUAUCGAACUGGCCCCCUUCCUCCCGAACCUCGGGGCGCUCACAUUCGAAAACUGGGGCCCCGUUGUUGUCGGCCCCGAGCUAAUCGCCGCCCUCCGGUCCUUCGAGCAGGUCGCUACACUCGAUCUCCAGGCCCCCGUCUUUCAUUCCAGCACCGACCUCGAGGACUUCGUAUUCGCGCUGCCCAAAUUGUCGUCCUUGCGACUCCACAACGUCUUCUGGCGACAACCCAUGGGUGAUUCACCGCUCGAUAAGUUCGAGCACAGGGGACGGCCGCUACCACUCACGAAGCUUCAGCUCUGUGGCGUCUACGCCGACCAGGCCGAAACGCUCUUCCGGUGGCUCAGGGAUCACGGAUGUCGCCCUUCGGAACUCGUCGCUCUCCACAUACACGAAUGGGAUCACAGAUUGCUGUUCGAUUACAUGUCCUUUAUAGGCGACAAACUCGAGGUGUUCAAAUUCUGGCCGUUCUUCUUGGCUCAAGAAGACCCGGAUUAUUCGGCGGUGACCCUAGCGCUCAACUCGAACAUUCGGUCUCUUAGCAUGCGGACCAAUGGUUCGCCUGGAGGAUACCAAAACUCGUGGGUGCCCGAGUUGCUCCGCAGUGCGGAACAAUGCCCUCUGGAGUAUAUCGCCUUUGAGAUGUGCUUGGACCAUGAAGGCGCGCUCGAGGCACCCUUGUGGAGGCGUACUACCGGCAUCCUUGAAUCUUGUUGGCCUCAAACGCUGUGUUCGAUUGCAUUCGUCCACGAGCCCGUCAAACACGAGGGCGUGUACCUCAACAAUUUCCUCCAGGAUGGGACACCCGCCUUCAAGAGGUACUUCGCCACACAGCUGGAACACCGGGAAACCCUUCGCAUUGAGAUGCGGAAUGCACCAGUCUUCGACCUCGGCGUGUACAACUCGGACGAAUGA